AUGUCGUAUAGAGGGUCUUUGAGCAACUUGAAUGGUGCUGCGGCUCCCAGUCGUCAAGGAAACGGGUACGGCGCGUUUGCUGUCCGCAGAGAUGGAUCAUCUGGUGGAUUCAGUUUGCAGAAUGUGAUGAAAAGCGUGGAGGCAUACAGCAAGCAGAUCGAGAACUUGACGGACCAUGCUUUGGCGCAGAAACUGAGACCGUACAUUCCGGGGAUUGCCAGAUUUUUCAUUACUGCAACAUUCUAUGAGGAUUCGUUUCGUAUCGUGUCGCAGUGGUCGGAUCAGAUCUUUUAUUUGCACAAGUGGAAGCACUACCCUUACUUCUUUGUCGUGCUGUUCUUGAUCCUCGUGACUGUCUCUAUGCUAAUCGGUGCGACUUUGCUUGUGUUGCGCAAGCAAACGGUGUAUGCCACCGGGAUUUUGUGCGGAUGCAUUAUACUUCAGGCGUUGAUCUACGGUUUGUUCACUGGCUCUUCAUUUGUUCUGAGAAACAUCAGUGUCAUUGGUGGGCUGUUGAUCGCAUUCAGUGAUUCCAUUGUUCAAAACAAAACUACCUUCGGUAUGCUGCCGGAACUAAACCCAAAGGAUGGCAGGACUAAGGGCUAUCUUUUGUUUGCCGGAAGGUUGCUCAUUGUUCUCAUGUUUAUCGCAUUCACAUUCAGCAAAUCAUGGCUCACAGUCUUCCUGACCAUCGUGUUUACCAUCUGCUUCGCUAUCGGGUACAAGACCAAGCUUGCAUCAAUAAUGCUGGGUCUCAUUCUGACUUUCUACAAUGUCACCCUCAACAACUACUGGUUCUACGACCAGACUAAGAGGGAUUUCCUCAAGUACGAAUUCUACCAGAACCUAAGCAUCAUUGGAGGUCUACUGCUGGUCACCAACACUGGUGCUGGAGAAUUAUCGGUAGAUGAGAAGAAGAAGAUUUACUGA